AUGCUUGCUGCGAGAGAGUGGUAUGACAAUGCUGAGUUGGAGAAGAGUUUGGAGGAUUCAUUAUAUUUAUGUGAUAUUGAUAACGAGAGAAAGAUACAGACUGAUGAGGUAUAUGGUGAUAUUGUGAGAAUGUUUACCGAUGAUAAGUUGAUAUCUGUUCAAGAAGAAGGUAAUAUGAUACUCCAUCACGAAUCUAAGGGUGGGAGUGUCAAUAUCCGUAUUGGUUCUGGGUCUGAUUGUGUUGCUGGAAUGACAUGGAAUUGA